UGUCGGCUCGGUCAUGUGAUCAGCUGUGUCCAAUCACAGCUGAUCACAUGGCACUGAUGAUCAGUGUGGCCCCAGGAAGUGCCACCUGUCAGUGCUCAUCAGUGCCACGUGCCAGUGCCCAUCAGUGCCACGUGCCAGUGCCCAUCAGUGCCACAUCAAUGCCACAUAUCAGUGCAUACCAGUGCACAUCAAUGCCCCAUAUCAGUGCCCAUCUGAGCUGCCUUUCAAUGUCACCCAUCAGUGCCAGUCAGUGCCACCAAUAAAUGCCAAUCAGUGCCACCUAUCAGUGCUGCCAACCAGUGCCACCUAUCAGUGCCAGUCAGUGUCGCCUAUCAGUGCCGCCUAUCAGUGCCAGUCAGUGCCGCCUAUCAGUGCCAGUCAGUGUCGCCUAACAGUGCCAGUCAGUG